GUCACCACCUAAAGCAAGCAACCAUGUUGUUAAACUCAUUGCAUCUUAGCAUAUAAUGUUUAUAUGCCCGCUGACUAUUAAUGCAGAAACCUAAUGGUUACCAUAGCAGUCAAUAAUAUGUCCAGAAAAUCAAAGACUAUCCAUCAUGCAUUAUCAUGUGAUCAGGCGGUUCACCUCAAGUCUAAGCCCCGCACUUACAAUUUCAGCCCUUCAUUUUAAAAUCAAAGACUUGGUUGUCAAAGGAUUUUAUGACCAAAUCCUUCGACUAUACAAACAAGAGCUCCAUCAUCCCUUUGGCCUCCAUGCAAACUCCUUUAUUCUCCCUUCCAUCAUCAAAGCAUGCUCCUAUGCAAUGUCCCAUCACUUUGGGCUUCAACUUCACUGCUUGUCUCUCAAGUCAGGCUGUGACUCGGACCCAGUUGUAUCCAAUUCUCUCAUUUCUAUGUAUGCAAAAUUUACAAUUGUUGAAGCAGCACGUCAGGUGUUUGAUGAAAUGCCUGAAAGAGACACCAUCACGUGGAAUUCCUUGAUAAAUUGUUAUGUACAAAAUGGGCAUCUCGAAGAGGGGCUUAAAGUGCUUAAGCAAAUGUAUCUUCAUGGUUCUAUACCAAAAGCGGAGUUGAUUGCCAGCAUCGUAUCAGUUUGCGCAAGGACAAGAGAGUUGAGACUGGGCAGAGAGAUUCACGGACUCGUCAUUGUUGAUGGAAGGAUUAAGGAGUCGGUGUUCUUGUCAACGGCUCUGGUAGAUUUGUAUAUGAGGUGUCAUGACUCGUUGAUGGCUUUACAUGUUUUUAAUCAAAUGGAAGUUAAAAAUGAAGUUUCUUGGACUGCCUUGAUUUCGGGAUGCAUUGCUAAUCACAGUUAUGACAUUGCAAUGGAAUGCUUCCGGGCAAUGCAGGUUGAAGGAUUGAAACCAAACAGAGUGACGGUGCUUGCCAUUUUACCGGCUUGUGCCGAAUUGGGACUUAUAGAACAUGGGAAAGCGAUUCAUGCAUAUACUUUUCGUAAUGGAUUUGAUUCAGAUCAUCAUUGCUCAGCAGCUCUCAUACACAUGUAUUGCAAACACGGGAAAGCUUUGCGUCCUGCCAAGCUAAUUUUCGAAAGGAUACCUGUUAAAGACGUUGUGGUGUGGAGUCUGAUUAUUGGGAGCUAUUCUCAAUGCGGCAAUAACGCAAAAGCUCUGAAACUCUUUAGCCAGAUGCGAGCUGAAGGAAUUGAACCAAACUCUGUAACUCUGUUGGCAAUCAUUUCUGCCUGCACCUCUCUAUCUUCACUAAACCUUGGAUGUGGAGUCCACAGCUAUGUCUUGAAAUCUGGGUUAAGUUUUGACAUUUUCAUUGGCAAUGCACUUAUCAAUAUGUAUGCCAAGUGCGGUUGUAUCAAGGAUGCACAUCAAAUUUUCAAGGAGAUGCCAAGGAAAGAUUCUGUUUCGUGGAGCACAAUGAUUGGCAGUUAUGGCCUUCAUGGUCACUGUAAGAAAGCUUUGCAACUCCUUGAUGAGAUGCAAGAGAGAGGGAUAGAGCCCGAUGCAGUCACUUUCCUCUCUGUUUUAUCUGCUUGCAACCAUGCUGGCCUCGAGGAAGAGGGAAAUAAGAUCUUUAAGCGAAUGAUAGAAGGCAAUAAAAUACAAUUAAGCGUGGAGCAUUAUGCUUGCUAUAUUAAUCUUCUUGGAAGAUUAGGGAAGCUUGAAGAUGCUUAUGAGCUUGUUAGAUCAAUGCCCAUGAAACCAAGUACUAAAAUCUGGAGUUCGUUAGUCACAGCUUGCAAGGUUCAUGGAAGAUUAGAGAAAGCAGAAUCUUUCGCACAUCACCUUGUUACAACGGAGCCUGAGAAUGCUGCCAACUAUACCUUACUGAGCAUGGUUCAUGCUGAAACCGGCAACUGGCUUGGGGUGGAAGAGGUGAGGAGAGUCAUGAGAAUACAAGGAUUAAGGAAAUGCUAUGGAUUCAGCCGAGUUUAGCCAGAUAAUGACAAGGCUUGUAACAUAGUACUCAGCAGCGACCACACUCACCCUCAAGUGUUAAGUCAAUGGUUCUUUGCACUUUGAAAAGGCUUGUAGACUCCAGCCAGGAAGCACAAGUAGCAAAAAUGAAUCAUAUCCACACUCUGCAAUGCAUCCAACACAAAACGGAAGAGUGGACGACCAGCCUCAGAAUUAUAAUCCACUCACUCCUGCCCAAGCAAGGACCAACGAACAAAAAGCAGGAUAUUUGUAAUUCAGAACCAACCAGAGGCAUCUGCCUUGACUUCCUUAGGCGGAGAAAAUCUUUUGUUAAUCUCCAUUUAUACGGUCAUACAAGUCCUCUAUUGGUAAA